AUGAAAUCGACUUUUUUCCCUAUUUUACUUCUCAUACUCUACUUCAGCGCAUACUCUUGGGCUCAAUCGCGCACGUGUAACAGUCCUGCUGGAAUUCCCGAUAGCGCGCCGGAAUGUGCGAAGAAGUGUGCCAGGAUUAAAGUGCAGGAAGGCUACUGCUCCAGCGAAGCUGUGUUCAAUGACGCCUACGCGCAAUGUAUGAGUGACAACUGUAACGCCCAAGACAAGACAACUGGACUGAAAUACUCAUAUAACGAUAUUUGUCCUGCGGAUUGUAAAGGAGCCGCCCCGACCUCUACAACCUCUUCGACUGCUCCAGCUGCGACUCGCGCCUGUGACAGCCCUGCUGGAGUUCCCGAUAGCGCUCCAGCAUGUGUCAAGAAGUGUGCAAGUAUCAAAGUCAAGGAAGGAUAUUGUACAAGUGAAGCUACGUUUAAUGACGCCUACAAGCAAUGCAUGAGCGACAAUUGUAAUGCGCAAGACAAAACGACUGGACUAACGUACUCGUACAAUGACAUUUGUCCCGCGGCUUGUAAAGGAGCCGCCCCGACCUCCACGACGUCUUCGAACGCACCCGCUGCCACUCGCUCUUGCGAUAGUCCCGCAGGAGUUCCCGAUAGCGCUCCAGCGUGUGUCAAGAAGUGCGCAAGUAUCAAGGUCAAAGAAGGUUACUGCACAAGCGAGCCUACCUUCAAUGAUGCCUACAAGCAGUGUAUGAGUUACUCCGACAUCUGUCCAGCGGAUUGUAAAGGAGAUCGCAGAGCGACAACUCAACAUCAAUAUUCUUCAGAUGCUCCCCCCACCUCCACGACUUCCUCGAAUCCACCAGCUGCGACCGGUUCAUGUGAUUCCCCUGCUGGAGUUCCUGACAGUGCUCCAGCAUGUGUCAAGAAAUGCGCAAGCAUCAAGGUCACGGAAGGCUACUGUUCAAGCGAGCCCACCUUCAACGACGCCUACGCGCAGUGCAUGAGUUACUCCGACAUCUGUCCAGCGGAUUGUAAAGGAGAUCGCAGAGCCACAACUCAACGUCAAUAUUCUUCAGAUGCUCCCCCCACCUCCACGACUUCCUCGAAUCCACCAGCUGCGACUGGUUCAUGUGAUUCCCCUGCUGGAGUUCCUGACAGUGCUCCAGCAUGUGUUAAGAAAUGCGCAAGCAUCAAGGUCAAGGAAGGCUACUGUUCGAGCGAGCCCACCUUCAACGACGCCUACGCGCAAUGCAUGAGCGACAAUUGUAACGCUCAAGAUAAAGCUACCGGACUGCAGUACAAAUACAGCGACAUCUGCCCCGGGGAUUGUAAAGGCGACCCUACACCGUCCACCAGUUCGACAGCACCAACUUCCACUGCCUCUUCUGACCCAUCCCCCACCUCCACGACUUCAUCGAACCCACCAGCUGCGACUGGUUCAUGUGAUUCCCCUGCUGGAAUUCCUGACAGUGCUCCAGCAUGUGUUAAGAAAUGCGCACAGAUUAAGGUCAAGGAAGGUUACUGUUCGAACGAAGACACCUUCAACGAGGCCUAUGCGCAAUGCAUGAAAGACAACUGUAACGCUCAAGAUCAAUCAACUGGAAUGCAAUACAAGUACCCGGAUAUUUGCCCAGAAGAUUGUAAGGGUGAUCCCGCGUCUACAAUCACCUCAGCGGCGCCGACGUCCACGAGUUCCUCCAACCCAACUCCUACCUCGACAGCCUCUGCUGAUCCAGAGGUUUCAACUCCUACAUCGGCGCCAACUUCCACGAGUUCCUCAAACCCACCUCCUACCUCGACAGCCUCUGCUGACCCAGAGGUCCCAACUCGUACAUGUGAGACUCCUACACUGAUCCCCAACAACGCCCCCGAGUGCGCGAAAAAGUGUGCCAAGCGCAAAGUACAGGAGGGAUACUGUGAAACCGAUAGCCUUUUCACUGACGCCUACGACCAAUGCCUCAACUCACAAGUUAUACUGCAUCCACUCCCACUAUCCAGCGACAAUUGCAAUCCCCAAGACACACAACAAGGUCUGGAGUUUGAUUACAACGAUAUCUGCCCGGCGUCUUGCAAAUCUGGUUCUCCAGGCCCAAGCACUUCGGUAUCCCUUGGUCCCAGGACUUCCUCUGGACCCGCUCCCACAGCGACAACCUCAUCGUCCUCCCCUGCUGCAACUGCCACAUGCGAUCCGUCUAGUAAAGUUCCCAUCGCUGCUCCGGCAUGUGUCAAGAAAUGCGCCAAGUUCAAGGUCCAAGAGGGUUACUGCACAGAUGAGAAUGUGUUCAACCAAGCUUACCAACAAUGUCUCAAGGAUAACUGCAAUGGAACCGACGCCUCUACCGGAUUGCAAUAUAAGUUUGACGACCUUUGCCCGGCACCUUGCAAAUCAGGUCCAGGUUCUGCAACUACAUCAGCCGCUCCCACCUCGACCGUCUCGUCGGACGCCCCAAGCCCCACCUCUAGUAACUCAAACGCCGGUACCAGUCCAACAUCGUCGUCUGCUGGACCUUCUCCUACUGGUGACACGGGAUCAGGCUCUGGUCAAUUACCCCCUGGGACCCCCCCAUGUGCCAUGAAAUGUGCAAAUAUCAAGAUAAAGGAGGGCUACUGUUACUCAUCCGAGGUCUUGAUCACAGCUUAUAACCAGUGUUUGAGCGACAACUGUUCACCUGAUGAUUCCGCCAAAGGCCGAACUCUCACUUACCGCGAGAUAUGUGGAUCUUCAGGUACCAGCUCAACUUCGACGUCUCCUGGUCCUUCCCCCACCGGAGACGCUGGCUCAGGGCUCAAUUUGCCUGCUGACACUCCACAAUGCGCGAGAAAAUGCGCGAGCAUCAAAGUCCGAGAAGGCUACUGCUCCUCGUCCAACAUUUUCAUGACAGCUUUUUCCAAAUGCUUGAGUGACAACUGUAAUACCAGCGAUGCAGCCAAAGGCCGACAGCUCACUCAUCGUCAGAUAUGCGGCUCACAAGAACCCAGCACCCCCUCUUCAUCUGCUGCACCUUCUCCUACUGGCGAAGCCGGCUCUGGCUCCGGUAGUUUACCCUCCAACACCCCUUCUUGUGCGAAGAAAUGCGCGAACAUCAAAGUUAGAGAAGGAUACUGCUAUUCGCCUCAAGUAUUGAUGACCUCCUUCUAUCAAUGCUUAAGCGACAAUUGCAACUCUAACGAUGCGGCCAAAGGCCGCCAGGCCACCUACCGUCAAAUAUGUGCCUCGCCAGGUCCCAGCCCCUCUUCAUCGUCUACUGGUCCCUCACCUACUGGUGAUGCUGGUUCGGGCGCUGGCCUGUUGCCCAACAAUACCCCCUCUUGCGCUAGGAGAUGUGCCUAUAUCAAAGUCAGCGAGGGCUAUUGCUCCUCGUCCCAAAUCCUCCUUACUGCAUUUUACCAAUGCCUAACUGAUAACUGUAACUCUGCCGAUUCAGCCAAAGGUCGUCAGCUUACCUAUCGCCAGAUCUGUGGCUUGACUGGUCCCAGCCCCUCUUCAUCGUCUACUGGUCCCUCACCUACUGGUGAUGCUGGUUCGGGCGCUGGCCUGUUGCCCAACAAUACCCCCUCUUGCGCUAGGAGAUGUGCCUCUAUCAAAGUCAGCGAGGGCUACUGCUCCUCGUCCAAAAUCCUCCUCACUGCAUUCUACCAAUGCCUAACUGACAACUGUAACACUGCCGAUUCAGCCAAAGGUCGUCAGCUGACCUAUCGCCAGAUCUGUGGCUUGACUGGUCCCACCCCAUCAUCGUCGUCUCCUGGUCCUUCCCCUACCGGCGCCUCUGGGUCUGGCGUGUUGCCCCCUAACACUUCCUCAUGCGUGAGGAAAUGUGCAAGCAUCAAAGUCAAAGAGGGAUACUGUUCCUCGUCCCAAGUCUUCAUCACCGCAUUCUUCCAAUGCUUAAGGCCUUUACAAUCUCCUACCAUCGCUGUCUUCGAUCAAAACUGCCGGAUCACACCACCGAUGACUUAUGCCCUCUUUUCCAGUGAUAAUUGCGACCGGGAUACUGCCAGGGAAGGUCUGAAGGUUGGCUUCAACGAAAUUUGCACGUCAUCGAAUCCAGGUUCACCCAUAGAAUCCUCUGUAUCUCCUCAGCCGACCAGCGGUCCAAAUCUCUCUAGCACAGCCCUGAACAAAGCACCUGCCUGUGUUAAGAAGUGUGCUCAAGUUAAGGUUUCCGAAGGUUAUUGUGGUUCGGCCCAAUCUUUCACAGUCUCCUACCACCGUUGUCUUCGCGAUAAUUGCGACCGGGAUACCGUCAGGGAAGGUCUGAAGUUAGGCUUCAACGAGAUUUGCACAUCAUCGAGCACCGCUAUUCAGCCCAAAAACCCGCCAUCCACGACCUCUCCCACUGGACCCGCUGGAAACCAAACUGGUACUGGCAACGUUCCUAGUACAGCUCCUCGCUGUGUUAUGAACUGUGCGCGGAUCAAGGUCCUAGAGGGGUACUGCGCCUCGCCAACCACUUUCACGAAGGCUUUCUCUCAAUGUCUCAGUUCUAACUGUAACCAAGCCGAUGCUAACGAGGGUGCCAAACUCACCCACAAGCAAAUCUGCGGCCCACAUGACGGUUCAGAUUCAGGAAAAACUCCUUGCGACUGUGAUGGAAAGUCUUCGAACUCCUCGCGUACAGAUUCUGUUGCUCCUCGCAGCAUUCGUCACGCCCCCAGAGACUUUGUCCUCUAA